AUGCCGGAAAGGACAAUAGCACAGCAAGUACCUCUACUGCUUAUGUUUCUCCUGUCUGUCGUCUCGAUGGCACAAGCGCAGGUCAGCUACUCUAUUCCCGAAGAAAUGGCGAAAGGCUCUGUAGUCGGGAACAUAGCGCAGGAUUUAGGUUUAGAUUUGAAAAGACUGAAAUCGGGUAAAGCACGCAUUUAUACAACUGACAAAGCUGGUUACAUCGAGUUGAAUAAAGACAGGGGUCUUCUCAUUGUCAAAGAGAGAAUUGACAGAGAAGCCUUAUGUGGUCAGACAACGCCUUGUGCUUUGCAUUUUCAGAUUAUUCUAGAAAACCCCAUGGAAUUUUACAGUGUAACCGCCGAGGUCACUGAUGUGAAUGAUAAUUCACCAUAUUUUAAAAAGAACGAAAUGAAAUUCAAAAUCAGCGAGUCUGCUGUACCUGGUGCAAAAUUUGUUUUGGAAAGAGCGAUGGAUUCGGAUGUUGGCACUAAUGGUCUUCAGACCUAUUCGUUGAUUCCUACUGACAAUUUUGCACUGAAAUUGCAAAGCCAGGCUGAUGGCGGCAAAACUGUUGAGAUGAUUCUACAGAAACCUUUAGACAGAGAAAAGAAUGAACAUAUUACAUUGAUUUUAACAGCCGUGGACGGAGGGGAUCCAAAAUUAACAGGCACAGCAGAAAUACAUAUCACAGUGUUGGACGUAAAUGAUAAUUCGCCUGUUUUUACGCAGGCGAUUUAUAAGGCAACAAUAACCGAACAUGCACAAAAAGGCACAUUAGCUACAACAGUUAGCGCGUCUGAUGCAGACCAGGGAUCUAACGGUAGAAUAACAUACUCUAUUACUAACAGCGUGGAUAAUAUACUUGAAUUAUUUGAAAUAAAUGACGCUGAUGGUGAAUUAAGAGUGCUUGGUAGCAUUGAUUACGAGGAAUCUCAUCACUAUGAGAUACAUAUACAAGCAAGUGAUGAGGGGGGUCUUACAGAUUCAUCCAAAAUUGUAGUUGAUGUUAUUGACACAAAUGACAAUAAGCCAGUCAUUAACAUCAUGUCGAAAUUGAGCAUGAUAUCUGAGGACUCCAAACCUGGCACAGUCAUAACAAUGAUAAACAUUCAGGAUCAAGAUUCGGAGGAAAAUGGCAAAGUCCACUGUUUAAUAGAUGACCACAUUCCGUUUACACUGAAAUCAGCAUCUAGUAAUUUCUUCAGUCUAGUCACUGAAGGCAGUUUAGACCGAGAGCAGAAUCCUGCAUACAACAUCACAGUCGUGUGUGCUGAUGAGGGGACCCCCUCUCUCUCGAGCAGCAUGACCCUCUCCUUACAGAUAUCAGAUGUGAAUGAUAACGCGCCUGUGUUUGAGAAGAGCUUAUAUGAGGCUUUUGUCCUGGAAAAUAAUUCACCGGGGCUUUCCAUAUUCACUGUAAAGGCAAAGGAUGCGGAUUGGAACCAAAAUGCUCGAGUGUCUUAUAUGCUAGAGGAGUCCUCAAUUAAUGGCGUGUCAGUCACGACUUACGUCUCAGUCAAUGCUGAGAGCGGAGUCAUACAUGCUGUGCGUUCAUUUGAUUAUGAGCAAAUCAAACAUUUUACUUUCCGCGUUAAAGCACAAGAUGGCGGAUCCCCUCCACUAAGCAGUAAUGCGAGUGUUAAAGUCAUUAUCCAAGACCAAAAUGAUAAUGCGCCUCAGAUUCUAUAUCCAGUGCAGACUGGGGGCUCUUUAGUAGCUGAGAUUGUGCCGCGGUCAGCAGAUGUGGGCUAUCUGGUCACCAAAGUAGUCGCUGUUGAUGUGGACUCUGGACAGAAUGCCUGGCUGUCUUAUAAACUACAGAAAUCAACAGACAGGGCGCUGUUUGAAGUGGGCGCUCAGAAUGGAGAAAUAAGAAUUCUUCGUCCAGUCAUUGAUAAAGAUGCAGUCAAGCAAAAGCUCACUGUUGUAGUGGAGGACAACGGACAGCCCCCUCGCUCUGCAACAGUUAACGUGAACGUGGCUUUGGCGGACAGCUUUCCCGAGGUCUUAUCUGAGUUCAACGAAGUGAAACACGACCGGGAGUUUAAUGACAAUCUGACUUUUUAUCUGAUUUUGGCACUGGCCGUUGUUUCAUUUCUUUUUAUAGUCUCUGUCAUAGCCAUUCUGUCAGUGAAAUGCUAUAGAUGGAGACGUGAACGGAUCUUUUACAAAUCCAAUGGCAACCUGCCGGUCAUCCCAUAUUAUCCACCCCUUUACGCAGACGUUGGGGGCACAGAUACUUUAAAACAUGUCUACAACUAUGAGGUGUGCAGGACAACUGACUCCCGAAGGAGUGACUUAAAAUAUGGCAGACCUUGCAGUCAAAGCAUCAUUAGUCUGGACACAACCGGAACUCAAACUCUUAAACAGAGGAACUUGCUCUGUGACGAUUCAGACGACCAGGUGAGAUUCAAGUAG